AAAAUAUCUGAGAAGUGUUUUUUUUGUUUUGUUUUGUUUUUUAAUUCAACGACAAAGAUGGCUAAGGAAAGGUGCCAGAAAAGGUCCUUUCAAGAUACCCUCGAAGACAUUAAGAAGCGAAUGAAAGAAAAAAAGAAUAAAAACUUGGCGGCGAUUGGAAAACGCAAGUCCUUUAUUGUUGCCCCGAGCCAAGUUCCCACUAACAACACUUCUACACUACUGAAGUAUUACCAAGAUAACAACAGGUUGUUAGUUUUGGCUUUGGAGAAUGAAAAAUGCAAAGUGAGAGAAGCACAGGAUAUCAUCCUGCAGCUGAGGAGAGAAUGCUACUACCUUACGUGUCAGCUGUAUGCCUUGAAAGAGAAGCUAGCCUCCCGACAAAGUGAAGAAACUGCUCAGAACAGGAAAGGACGUCCCUCAGAAGUGGUCUCCAGCAUUGACAGGACAACCAGGGACUUGUCAGAGAAGACCUUGCAGCAAAUUGCUGUUGAAGAAACUGAUUGUCCCUACCAAGGCACAGAACCAAGUCCUGCUGUUACUCCAGAGACACGGGGUUGCGAUUUUGAUUCAGGUAAAGUUGAGUCUACUGAUGAAGUCUUACCCAGAGCUGUAUCUAUCCGUCGCCACUUAAGGAGAGAGUUUAGUAAUAUAAGUCACUCCACUGCUUUGGAGGAUUGUAAAGCCAGUCCAAGAGUGGCCCAGUCUCGGGAAGUUAAAGGAAGUAGAUGUAGAGAAGUAACCAUAACCCUUCAUAGACUUGAAAAUGUAGAACAAAGUAUCUGUCUGUGGAACAAAGACCAAACUAACUUACCUUCUAGACUGAUUAACCCAGCAGAGAGUACUGAAACACAGGAAGUCAGGUUAUCCUCUAAACCGGAACAAAUAAAAAGCAAGCAUAAACGUGCCCAAAAAAGAAGAGCAGAGCAAAGAAGAGCCCACCAGAGAUGCCAAUCCAAAUCCUCACUGAGGAGUAAGGGCAACCAAGGCAACGAUAAACUGGCUUUACCCCCUACUACACGGGAUGGAGGUAUCGGUUCCAGUGAUGCUUACGAUUUUAAUCUAAAAGAGACUGUCCACCACACCCCUUUCCGACAAAAAAUGAACGUUGGCUGCAACAAAGAAACCUACAGCAGCACCUCAGAAGCGAGUGCCCUUGAAAGUAGUGCCUCUGGGGAUGAUUGUGACGACCUCUACCUGCCUCCCUACAAGCACUUGCAAGACUGCACAGAGUCAGACAGACCAGUCACCAGGCCUCGGUCUAAAAGAGGACUUGAGUACCCAGAUGAAAAAGAGACGGAGGAGGCACUGCCACCGACAGCUCCUGCUGGUAUCCCACCUGAGACUCGAGAGUCACCUCAUUGUAGCCUAAAGGAUGUCACCAAUAUCCUGCAGCGUCCUAUAGUGAAAAUCAGGAAGCUUUCUCUGCCUCCAAAACGUCAUGAAGACAGCCCAGCGGUGUCUCUGUGUAAACGCAGGUGUAGCACCAUCAAAAGCUAUAAAGAGCCAACACUCACUUCGAAGCUAAGAAGAGGGGACCCUUUCACGGACUUGUGUUUCUUGAAUUCUCCUAUUUUCAAGCAGAAAAAGGGUAUGAGACGUCCUAAAAGAAGAACAAAGCAAACACAGUAACUGCUUUGAUUAGAUACUGUUUAAGGUGAUCCUUCUUUUUUACCUAAUAGAAUAUUAUGAGACAGUGCACAAUGGGCAGAACCUUUACCAGGCUCUGAUCAGGAGGGUCCCUUGGACAUAUAUGUUGUAUGGAUUAUUACCAACAUCUAAAACUUCUCCGGCAUCCUUAUUUUUUCCUUAGGCAGAGUAGAAAACUUGCACCGUAGAAAACUUAAAUUGGGUGUAGAUCUUUCAUAAAUCCUUACGUAAGUAGAUGAGGACCCCUCUGUCAGUGAAUCUUUCUGUAAAAUGUGUAUCGAAUCGUGAUUAAGAGAAUUAAUGAACUGGGUUCUGGAACAAGGUAACUGUUGUGAACUGUGAGUACUGCUAUUCCUCAGCGGAAUAAUAGCAUGCCAUGGAUCUCAGGCUAGCCCUUUGUGUGGUCAGUCUGCAGUGUAAAGGUGUAAAUAAAGGGCUUCUAGUUUUGAUAUGUGAACAAAAUAAAAAUAUCCAGUUCAGAAAA